AUGUCUGUUGCCGAGCUCAAAGAGCGUCACUCCGCUGCCAUCGACACCGUCAAUAAUCUCCGGCACCGGCUAAAGCAGAAGCGUCUUUCUUUGCUCGACACAGAUAUUUGUGAGUAUGCAAGGUCUCAGGGUAGAACACCUGUGACCUUUGGACCUACGGAUCUGGUUUGCUGUAGAACCUUGCAGGGUCACACGGGAAAGGUGUAUUCAUUGGAUUGGACUUCUGAAAAAAGUCAGAUUGUUAGUGCAUCUCAAGAUGGGCGAUUAAUAGUGUGGAAUGCUCUAACUAGGCAGAAAAUCCAUGCCAUAAAGCUUCCCUGUGCAUGGGUCAUGACAUGUGCUUUUUCACCAACUGGUCAGUCUGUUGCAUGUGGUGGUCUUGACAGUGUUUGUUCUAUUUUCCAUCUUAAUUCACCCACUGACAAAGAUGGGAAUCUACCUGUUUCCCGGAUGCUUAGUGGACAUAAGGGUUAUGUUUCCUCUUGUCAGUAUGUUCCAGAUGAAGAUACUCAUUUGAUUACUGGUUCUGGUGAUCAGACAUGUGUUUUAUGGGAUAUUACUACUGGCCUUAAAACAUCUGUCUUUGGAGGAGAGUUCCAGUCUGGACAUACUGCAGAUGUACUCAGUAUCUCCAUUAAUGGAUCCAACUCAAGAAUGUUUGUAUCUGGUUCUUGUGAUGCAACUGCUCGAUUGUGGGAUACUCGUGUGGCAAGUCGAGCAGUGCGGACAUUUCAUGGGCAUGAGGGGGAUGUUAAUGCAGUUAAAUUCUUUCCAGAUGGACAUAGAUUUGGAACUGGCUCAGAUGAUGGUACCUGCAGAUUGUUUGACAUUAGGACUGGACACCAACUUCAAGUAUAUUAUCAGCAGCACAGUGACAAUGAAAUCCCGCCUGUGACUUCCAUUGCAUUCUCUGCAUCAGGAAGACUUCUUUUUGCUGGAUACACAAAUGGAGAUUGCUAUGUUUGGGACACUUUACUGGCAAAGGUUGUCUUGGAUUUAGGAUCUCUCCAAGACUCUCAUGAGGACAGAAUCAGCUGUUUAGGUUUGUCAGCUGAUGGAAGUGCUUUGUGUACAGGAAGUUGGGACACAAACUUAAAGAUAUGGGCAUUUGGAGGGCAUAGGAAGACAACUUGA